CAAGAACAUAACUGUAAUUGUCACCGUUGAAGCCUCUCUUGGUUCUCUCCCCACCGGAGAACGUCUCCUGCCCUUGUUGACCGACAUGCUGACCGGUACAACUCCAUUCUCCGUUAACAGGGAUCCUCCUCCAUCUAUUCUUCCUUGAUGUAUCAAUCUGUGCAUUGACUCGGCUGUCCCAAUAUUUUACGUAGACUUGUAAUCUUCCACAUCGCUUCUUUCCUCUCUCCUUCCCUUCUCGCUCUGCCGUUGGCCUGGAGGAAGCUUCCCUCGACACCUUAAGCCCUCUUCUCCGCCCAGAAACAUCAAGUCCCAUCCAUGGAUCCCUCGGAACCCCGACCGUCGCCGAGGCGAGAGCUGCAAGGCCCACGGCCUGCUCCUCUCAGGGUAAGCAGAGAGUCGCGCAAGAUCAAGAAGCCACCUGUAGCGCCGCCACCGCACCACCAGUACCCGCCGGAGCCGCAGCCGCAGCACGACCGGGAUCCGGUGGUCAUCUACACCGUCUCCCCCAAGAUCAUCCACGCCAACCCCAGCGAGUUCAUGUCCCUUGUCCAGAGACUGACCGGCCCCGGCUCCGAUCCCUCCGCUGAACCCUCGCUGCCCUCGCCCGGGGGAGCGCUCUCCCCCGCCGCCCGUAUCGCCACGUUCGAGAAGGCGGCGUCGCCGCAUGCGUCCGACCUCUACCGAGCGCGGACGGGUGCCGUGGGCGGGUUCGAGAUCGAGGGGGAAGCGACGGUGGACCGGCCGGCUUCGUUUCCGGGGGUCUUGUCGCCCGUACCGGCCUCGCUCCUCCCGAUAUCUCCGACCCUGUUCUCGCCGUCGUUCGAUCCGAGCGUGCUGGGCUUCUUGCUCGAGCUAAGUCCAGUCUUGGCCAACAAGAGCAACGUCGACGGCAACAACAGGAGCUUCAUGGACGGCGGCAGCUUCUUGGCUAGUCCCAGUAACAACUUGCUGUCGACGCCUACUGUUCCUUCCCCUGGAGCUUUCUGGGAACUGUUGAACCAGUUCCCGGAUUUGUAGAAGAAGACAAGGCUUUGUUCUUCCCUUGUUCCAUUGGAAGAAGAGAGAGGAAGUCGCGGAAGAAGACGACGGGAAAGGAAAUGCCAGCGAUGGAGGAGGGUGCAGGUUGGACUUUGACUUUAGCGGACCAUGUGAGAGCUACAGGUCUUCUAACACCAGCUGACUUUGAUAGCAGCACAGGAUUGAUCUCCUGUGUUAAUUUGUUUGUUCAUCAUCAUUAAUCGAUGUUCAUCUUUUCCCUGCUUGUUGAAUGGUAAGCAAUAUGAUCUUGCGAGAUAAAAGGACUUGAUC